AUGCAAUUAUCCGUUCUAUCUGUAGCUGCAUUGGCUUUCCUACAACCAGCAGUCAAUGCAUUCAAAGUGGAAGACGCAAGAGUAUCUGACAUUGACCUUGGAACCAUUGAUUCUAGUUUCUCUCCUUUGGAAGCACCCAUUGCAGUUACCAAAAUUGACGAAGAAAUCGAAUUCCAAUUUACUUUAAAGAAUCAAGAAGAAGAGCCAGCUCAGAUUUCUCUACUGUUAGGGAAUCCCGACCGUCAUUUGGAAACAGCUUACACUCCAGAGGUUACAAUUGCUAAGGAUGACCUGGAAUGCAAAUUUACUAUCCCAAUUUCACAAUUGAAACCAGCUCUUUUGAAUGAAGCAAAUGAUUUCCUCACCGCAUCAUUAAUUAUCGCUGAUGACAACACUCAUAAUGAAAACAUAUUUGUCAGUGUCUUUAAACUGGACCUACAAUUACCAGAAUCAGCUUUACACUAUGAUUCACCUGAAAGAUUUGGUCCAAAGAAGGAACUACGUUACACGUUUGCCGAACCUCCAAAGACGGUGAAUUCCAUGUUAGCCUUAAUAGUGGUUAGCAUAAUUGUCGUGUCCACAUUUGCCCUUGUAAUCACAUGGGUUUCUUCAGGUUCAAUUAGUUUUAACAAUUUGCCAGCUGAUAUUGAUUCUAUCUAUUUCCUUGGGUUCCUUACCUCAAUUGUUGGAUUUGAAUACGCUUUCGUCCAAUAUUACUUGGGUAAGAGCAUUUUCGACACUCUACAUGUAUCCUUCUACCUAGCGGCCCUUGGGUUAUGGAUAGGUACUAAAUUCCUUAGAACUUUUGGAAAGACCAUUUAG